CACACACACACACACACACACACACACACACACACACACACAGAGGAGGAAGAAGAAGAAGAGCAGGGGAGGAAGAUUUCUGGCGCUUUCCCCAGGAUGGAGGAUUCUCCCUCCAAGCCGUCUGUAGCCGAGCUGGCUGGAAGGUUCAAAGGUCAUAUUCUCCCCACGCCUAACUCAAAUGAGGAGCUGCCGUUCCGAAGAAGACCUCCGUGUUCCCUCAAGUUACGAAAUCAAACCGACAACAAUGAGGAGUCAGAUAAAAGCACAGUUUUCCCUGCGCCCUCCAAACUCAAGAUGAAGAACUCGGCCAUCAUUGAGAAGCUGCAGGCCAACCUCGCCCUGUCACCCACCGCCCUGCUGCCUUCGCCCAAGAGCCCCGAGGUGAAGCUGCAGCCGGCGCCGCCGUCGCCCACGACGCCCCGCAGCCCCCUGAGCCCCCUGACCCCCCUCAGCCCCGGCCAGCAGCCCUCACAUCUGUCCAGCGAGGAGGAGGAGCCCAGCGGCUUCGACGGCCCGCCCGACGGCGCUCUCCUGCCCAGCAUCAACAAGACUCGCGCUCGGCUGUCGUUCAAGAGGCGCCCGCCUACGAGACAGCACCGGAGGUCAGCCGGGGAGGAGGCGGGGGCGUUCGGAGGCGGCCUGUCCCAGAGUGAACUGUGCAGCCCGGAGGAGAACGGGGACAAGGACCGAGACUCUGAGGAAGAGGAGGAGGAAGAGGCAGAGGGUAGACAGCUGGACGGCCUGGAAGCAGGCGAAUGCCAAGACGUGAACUGUGACGAGGCAGAUGCUGAGGCAGCGGAGGACCAAGGAGAUCUGAGGCAGGAAGCUGACGGCUCCAAGGAGGAGAAACUGAAGCCUGCAGGUCACGGCGAGCAGGAGGAGAGAGAGGAGGAGCGGGAACACGACAGGAUGUGAACCGCAACUGUUUACAUCAACCAAAACAAAUAAGUUAUUCAACGCUUUUUAUUGAGAGAACUCAGAAACAAGCUCUUCUGCAUUAAAUCUCUUGGUACCUGCUUCUUCUUUUUUCUCUCUGUCGCCCUCUCCUGGCCGUCUGUAAACACUGGAGAGUCCUCGAGAAGCAGGCCAGGAAACAGGCGUCAAGGUGGAAACUGUGCUCUCGAUCCCAGGAAGACUCAUUCAUGUCUGCAAGACUUCUGUUUUUAUGAGAAAUAUUUGAUUUGCUGAGAUGUGACUCAGUCGAAGAACUUCCACAUCAGGAGUCUCAGCCGUGCACACGAAAGCUGGCUGACAACCAGCAAAAAACUGUCUCCAGAGUUCAUAUUAUUCAUAUAUUAGCCAAGGUAGCAGGUAUAUAAAUGUUUUAACAUCAUACUGAAUCACUUUAAGCUGAAAUUAUAAACUUCCCUCUAGUUUUAUUUCAUUGUGUGUCGGUCUACCUUACGACUUUUGUAUACAACCAAAUCUUGAAGUCCCAGUUCCACUGUGGAGUGGCUCAGGGCCUCAGAAAUGAUGCACAGAAAUGUGGAAAUAAUAAACAGCUUCUUUCUUA